AUGAGCUCACAUUUUUUAUCAAAACUUCUCCCGGAAACAAGAUUUCAAUUCUAUUUAUCGCCUUUCAGUGUUGUGAAAGUGAUCGAAGAAGUCAGACGUCGAAGUUCUCGUGUUCCUCGCAAAUCCGCCGAUCAUCAGUCACAUCCCGUUCGCGAAAUCGUCAACAUGUUCUCACCUCUGUUGACCACGUUAUUUUGCCUUUUAACGCGAAUCGUUUCUUCACAAUCGAUCAAUGGAAACACAAUCAAUCAAAAUAUAAAUUAUAAUACAACUGAAAAUUGGAUCACGCAAUACGACGCUGGGAAGAAUAAUUCCGAUCGUGCUCUCCCCGUAAACGAUUUUGAUUAUCAGCAGCAGUUAACAUCGGAAUCAAAGAAGAGUCCCGACGCUGACGAGCAAAAGCCAACGAUUUCGAUAUGUUGUAAGCCCGGAGAAUAUUUCAAUGGAAUAAAUUGUUAUGAAAAUAAAUCCAUGCCAGCCAAUGAUAUAUUUCCACCGAUUUUGAACUCGAAGCUCGAAAUUUCAAGUAAAAAACCGAGCGAUUUCAUUUGGAGGUACGGAUAUUUCUGUGAAAAGGGUAGUUACCAGACAAGUGACGAUCACAACGACGUAUAUCAUCUGCUGGAAGAUGGAACAAUCGUUCAGCCCAAUGACUCUGAUUAUACUUUCUUGAGAGAAAAGGAGUAUUGUCUUGCUUGGAAUAUGACAGAAAAUGGCCCGAAACACUUUCUGAUGGUGUGUUUUCGCGAUGCUAUUCUCGAAGAGGACAGAUCGUUCGAGUACACUCUGUACCCAAUAAUCAUGCUCAUUUCAACAAUUUUUCUAUUCGCCACUUUCGUCGUCUACAGCAUAUUACCAGAUUUAAAGACAAUGCAUGGUCAUACUCUACGUUGUUACGUCGCGUCUUUAUUGGUCAGUUACAUUGGUCUCUCGAUUACACAGCUUACAACAGGCACCAAUUUCAUUGAAGAUCAUCUCUACCUCUGCAUCAUUUUAGCUUUCAUCAUCCACUUCGCGUUCCUUUCGAGCUUCUUCUGGCUCAACGUUAUGUGCUUCGAUAUAUGGUGGACCUUCGGGGGAUUCCGAUCUAUACAAGGCACUGUCAGGCAAAGAGAGAAAAAGAAAUUCAUCAUUUAUUCGAUUUACGCAUGGGGAAGUGCCAGCGUACUGACCGGAGUUUGUGUCAUUAUGGAUUUUGCUCCAGGAAUUCCUAAAAACUUCAUAAGGCCAGAAUUCGGCACCGGAAGCUGUUGGUUCAUCAACGAAUCUGCCAAGGCUCUUUACUUCUAUGGACCAAUAGGAGUUACAGUGCUGUGCAACAUUUGUUUAUUUAUAUCAACAACUAUAAAGAUCAUUCAACAUAAGAAGGACACAGCUCAUCAUUUAAAAGGCAUGGACAGCCAACGUCAUGACGAUAAUAAACAAUGGUUCAAUUUGUAUCUGAAGCUUUUCAUCGUAAUGGGAAUCAACUGGUCAAUGGAAAUAAUAAGCUGGCUUUUCAAGGAUUCGCCGCAAUAUGUUUGGUACAUAACAGAUCUCGCAAAUACACUGCAGGGUGUUAUCAUAUUCAUAAUAUUCGUAUGGAAAGAUAAAACCAAAAGAUUACUGUUGAAACGUCUUGGGUGCCAAAAUAAUAGUUUUCAAUCAAGAAAUUCAACAAGAAGCGGUUAUCACAGCUCGGCUUCCAGAACUUGCACCACAACCGCUAUGAUGGCAACACUUCAAGAAAAAAAUGUUUCUAACGAGCGCACAAAAACCACCACCGAUGAGAGCGAUUGUCUUUAAUACGGUUCUCAAUAUACAAACGAAUGUUCAAGGGAUCGCCAAGUCAAUUUUGUUCUUUUUCGAUUCCUCAACAAUUUGAAUCUAGAAAAUGAUUUUCGAAUCUUUGAUAGUUUUUUUUUUAUCCUUCCUAGCUGGUGAAAAUCUGUUCACUAAUGAGAAAAGAAUAAAUGAAAUAAAAGAAUCAUUAUUCUUGAAUUUCACGAUUUUUUAAACCUUUUUUUUUCAUCUCGAACAAGGAUAUAUCCAUCGCAUUUUUUUAAGCAUCUAACGUGAGUUUCUGGAUCAAAUUAUUCCUUCUCAGCGAGCAUAAAAUUUGUCAACUCUGAGAAUGCAUCGCCUGAAAAUAUCUGUUUUCUAGUCAAUAUCAAUCACGGUUUUUUUUCAAUUGACAAAGCAUGUUAUGAACUUAAAAAAACUUUUUGUCUAGUUGAAAUAUUCAAUCUCAGCUUAUACCAGUGGAAUAAACGCUGUUAUUCGAGGUGCACAAGUCUUACUCUGAAAUUAGUUGCAUAGCUAUGUUUUUUUUUUAUUUUUCGUAAUAAUUUGUACAUUGCUGUGAGUCGUCUGUAAUCGCUUUUAUAUUUUAAUGAAUAUAACUGUUUCCGAAAUCUCGA